UGCACAUGUUUUAUGAGAAUCAGUGCCGGGCUGUGCAGCUGCGGACAAUAACUAAGCUGUUUGGCUAAUGAAGGCCACCUGGAUCAGGCUUCUGAAAAGAGCCAAAGGAGGGCGGCUGAAGAAUUCUGAUAUCUGUGGUUCGGCAGACUCCUACACUAGCCGUCCAUCUGAUUCAGAUGUCUCUCUUGAGGAAGACAGAGAAGCAGUGCGGAGAGAGGCAGAGCGACAGGCCCAGACACAGCUGGAAAAGGCAAAGACAAAACCUGUUGCAUUUGCAGUCCGAACAAAUGUUAGCUACAGUGCAGCCCAUGAGGAUGAUGUACCAGUCCCAGGCAUGGCCAUCUCAUUUGAAGCAAAAGAUUUUCUACAUGUUAAAGAAAAAUUUAACAAUGACUGGUGGAUAGGACGACUAGUAAAAGAAGGCUGUGAAAUAGGAUUCAUACCAAGUCCAGUCAAAUUAGAAAAUAUGAGGCUGCAGCAUGAACAAAAGGCUAAGCAAGGGAAAUUUUACUCCAGUAAAUCAGGAGGAAAUUCAUCAUCCAGUUUGGGUGACGUAGUACCUAGUUCCAGAAAGUCUACACCUCCAUCAUCUGCUAUAGACAUAGAUGCCACUGGUUUAGAUGCAGAAGAAAUUGAUAUUCCAGCAAACCAUCGCUCCCCCAAACCCAGUGCAAACAGUGUCACAUCACCCCACUCCAAAGAGAAAAGAAUGCCCUUCUUUAAGAAGACAGAGCACAUCCCUCCAUAUGAUGUAGUGCCUUCUAUGCGACCAGUAGUCUUAGUGGGGCCUUCCUUAAAGGGAUAUGAGGUGACAGACAUGAUGCAAAAAGCAUUAUUUGAUUUUUUAAAACAUAGAUUUGAAGGGCGUAUAUCAAUCACACGGGUCACAGCAGACAUCUCGCUUGCCAAACGCUCAGUAUUAAACAAUCCCAGCAAGCAUGCGAUAAUAGAACGGUCCAAUACAAGGUCAAGUUUAGCUGAGGUUCAGAGUGAAAUUGAACGAAUAUUUGAAUUAGCAAGGACAUUACAGCUGGUAGUACUUGAUGCCGAUACUAUUAAUCAUCCAGCUCAACUUAGUAAAACCUCUCUGGCCCCCAUUAUAGUAUAUGUGAAGAUUUCUUCUCCAAAGGUUUUACAGAGGUUGAUAAAAUCCCGUGGCAAAUCUCAGGCUAAGCACCUUAAUGUUCAAAUGGUAGCAGCUGACAAACUGGCUCAGUGCCCUCCAGAAAUGUUUGAUGUGAUUCUGGAUGAGAAUCAGCUUGAAGAUGCUUGUGAACACCUGGCUGAUUAUUUGGAAGCUUAUUGGAAGUCCACACAUCCUGCUAGCAGCCAUCCUCCUAACCAGCUUCUCACUCGCACACUGGCAACUGCCACUCUUCCUAUCAACCCAGGCCCAAAUGUUAAUUUACAGGGCUCUCAAGGAGAUCAGAGGAAUGAGCAGUCAGCCUCUGAACGAACUGGCUCCCAAGGGGAAGAAGAAGCACGUGCCGAACCCACCAGGAAAUCUCAGCACCGCUGUUCCUCUUCAGGUCGCCACCAUAACCAUCACAGUGGAACUAGCCGUGGCCUGUCUAGACAAGAAACUUUUGACUCAGAAACACAAGACAGCAGAGAUUCAACAUACAUAGAGCCAAAGGAGGAUUACUCUCAUGAACACUAUGAUUCUCACAGAGAUCACAGUCACAGGGAUGUGUCCCAUGGAAGUAGUGAUCACAGACAUCGAGAAUCAAGGCUUCGCUCAAAGGAAAGGGAUCGAGAGCAGGACCACAAUGAAGGCAACAAGCAGCGUAGCCGUCAUAAAUCAAGGGACCAAUAUUGUGACAAGGAUGGGGAAGUGAUAUCUAAAAAACGCAAUGAUACAGCAGAAUGGAAGAGGGAUGUGUACAUUCACCAAUAACAUUUGCCUCCAGCAGUUUCAUGUUUGUUUUGGAGUUGUGUAUAAGAAAGCCCCUUUUUUAAAAAGCAAAACAAAAAAACCAAAUCUGGAUUUACAUUGCAGAACAUGUGGUAUCCUGUAUGCUGAUUUUUAAAAUUGCUGUUGCUUUCACAGCAAUAGCAUGAAAUAGAAUAUUCAUUUUGAUUAGUGUUAUAACGUAUUGGCAUAGUACAACUGCAAAGUUCCUGAUGUUGUACCGUGCUUUUUUCCCCCAAAGCUGUUUUUGGUAGCUGCCACUUGAACAAGAUCUGUUGCCAUCAAGGUGUUGUUAGUGUUUUCAGACAAAAUACAGUUGAUGUUUAUUAACUUCCCAUGUUUUUCAGCAAGCCAAAAUCAGCAAUCCAAACCUGAAGUUCUCAUCUGUUUUUAUUUUUUAAUCUGUAGGCACCUGAUUUGCACAUUGAUUUGAGAGCCACUUUCUGUUUAUUGUACCUCUACAUUUGGAGACAAAAUUCAGUUUUGCCUUAUACACAGGGGAUCAUAAUGUCAAAAUCUCUGUUCUAUGUACUGGUACUGUGUACUGUAUAAACAGUUUAUAAAUGUUAUUUCUGCAAACACCUUCUUACAUAACAUUGACUACACUGUUUAAGAGUCCUAAUGCCAAGUCAGCAGAUUUGCUUUUGAAUUACUGGCAACUGGAACUAGCCUCAUUCAGGAAAUGUAACAGUGUUCACUCUAGACACACUUUCUUCAGUAGCAGAAAGCUUAUACUUACUGUAAAUAGGAAUGAAUACUUUAGAUAAAAGGUUGGAUUGUCCUUGCAAACAUAAUCAUUUUUGCAUUUUUAAAUCUGACAAAAUAAUGUGACACUAUAAGUGGUCCUGCUUUACACAGUACACACCAGUUGCAGUGAACACAUGGAUAACUUUUUCUUGUCACUUGAUAGGCCACAUUUGACAUGGUGUAUGAGUGUGUGUGCUUGUGUGUAAAACAAUAUAUAUCACAGGAGUGGUUGUUAAGGAUACACAUGAGAUUCUUAAGGGCAACCCAUAUGUUACAAUUCAACCAUAAUUUCUACAUUUAGCUGCUUAGGCAUGAGAUCUAUUUACAUAUCUAGUACAAUGUCAAAAGAAGACCUUGAGACUACUUCCAUGAAAAGGGAUUGCCACACUUUUAGGAGACUCUCUUAUAGAAGGAGCACAAGAUCUUCCAUGCUUCCAUUUCAAGCAUCGCACCAGUCAUGUAAGCAGACAACUCAUCUAAGCAGCUAAACACAGAAGUUAGGACUCUAAAUGUGGAAGUUAAGGCUGAAUCAUAGUACAUCAGUCAGCCCAUCCUGAGAAUACAGAUUCUUCUAAAAACCAGUAAGUUUUUCCCUUCUGUCUAUAACUAAAGGUCCAACUUGCAGGCAAGCAACAUGAGGAAAUUUAUGGCUACAAGUAAUUGGGAAAGCAUCAAUCUGCUGGCUCUUUGAUGAAGAUCCAGGAAAGUUAAAAACACAGGCAAAUGUGACUGUUUCACUGGAAAUGUAAAAUCUUUUUGUGUUUUAGAGUAUUUGUUUUAGUAAGAAAAGUUUACACCGCUUGUGGAGAGUUAUUUUGUUGGAAAAUAAAUUUUUGUAGCUUCUGCA